AUGGUGGACAGAGCCCCUAGUGCCAAGUCCUCCAAGUCCCAUCAGUCAAAUCACACAACUGCAUCUCCAGUUCCAAGUGAAGCUAAAGAGAAUCAGGAGAGGGUGGAAAGUGUCAUGUCUGCCAAGUCAAAAUCUUCAGUAAGGUCCAACAUUUCACAUAAAUCAAAUUCAAGUGCAAAUGUUGUCACCAUUAAAACGCCUACAGUUGAUGACGAGGAAAAUGUGACAAAUGAGAGAGCACCAAGUGCUGCAUCAGGAAGAUCAAAUGUUUCAUCUACAGUAUCUCAAAAGUCAAAUUGUAAUGGAAAAAUGGAUAUUGCUAUUAUUGAAACAGCGGAUGGAGACAAAGAGGUAACAAAUGAGAGUGCACCAAAAAUUAAAUCUAAUGUCCAAACGCUCUCACCUAAGCGAACACGUUCGCCACGGAUGCGCUCUCCCGACGCUUCAGCUGCAUCCACCAAGUCUCCUGUGCAGCAGUUGUUGAAUGGCUCUGAUGCUGGAGACACAAGAGGGCCCAGUGUCUUGUCAGUUCACUCCGCGAGCUCUGCUAAAUCUGGCAAAUCCAGAUGCUGCUGUGGAGCUGCUUCAGAGUUUGAUGAGGCAAAGACAGAAAAGGAGAACAAGGAUAAAGAGGUGAAGCUCGAGGUGAAAAGUGAGAAUGCUUCUGAGCGAGCAGCCAGCGCCCUGUCAUCAGGAGGCACAGACCAUCCUUUGAGUCAGAACUCAACAGAAUCGGUCUCUCUUGGGUUACCUGAAGAAACAUCUGACUCAGACAGUGGGAAGUCUAGCGUCUGUGUUCACAGAAGUGCUGAGAGCAAUGACGAGGGCCGGGCAAAGACAUCAACUCCCAGUCUCCCCAAAAGCCCAGAGGUUUCCACCAUGAAGGAGGACGUGGAGAUAACGGGGUCCACCGUUUCUCAAAAAUCCAACAGUACUGGCAGGAAGAGUGGUUCAGCAGUGGAUAUCCCAACUAUUGAAACUCCAGGUGAAGAAAAUGGAUUGCAAAAGACAGAAAAAGCAGCAAGUACAAUUUCAGUCAGAAGCAGCAGGUCUAACAAGUCUUCUUGCAACUGUAAGUCUAAAGAAAAACAUGCUAAUGCUAGCUCAACCAGAGUUGGAAAUGGCAGUGAAACAGAAAUUAUGACGUCUGCUCCGGUGACAAAUGGUAGCAACGACAGGAACUCAUCUGCAAUGUCAUCAGCAGGUGCGAAAGUCCAGAUUAAAUCCUCUGCAAACACAACAGCAAAAACAGUUCCUGGAAACUCAGAAAAUAAUGGCACAGAAAAUCAAGAAAACACUAGAGCAGCUAGUGAGGCCAAACAGAAAGAAGACACUGCAUACAAUAAAGUAAUCUCCUCCCCAAGUCCCUGUUGCCUCAGGGCUAAGUCGGCAGCUUUAGCUUCAGAUCAGAGUAAAGAAAAAGAUCAGGUCGAAUGUAAGUCCAAAUUUAGCACAGGGAGCGAUUGUGGUAGUGUCAAAAUGGCCAGCUCUCUGAAGAAAGGAACCCCUAUCAAGUCCUCAAGCCCCUGUCCCUUACACAGCAAAGUAGAGAUGUGCAGUGAAAGCACUUUGUCUCAAUCUCUGUCUGCUGCUGACUUGCUAAAGGAAACAAUGGCUGCAGCACGCCCAUGCAGCCGACAAUCUAAAGCCAGUAAGUCCAGUGACACGUCCAAGAGCAAGAAAAGUGGAAUGUGUCAAAGAAGCAGCAAUCAGAAGGAUAAAAGAGAGGAACUGACACCUGCCUGUUUGCCCAACACGUCUCCCAGUGAGGUUGUUAGUGACUGGCUGCGAAGUAUUCCUGCUAAUAGCAGCAUGCUAGCACUUGGCGAUGAGUUUAAUGAGGAAGAGCUGAGGCCAAAGGAAAUGGAAGAGAUACCUGGAGGAGAGUUAGCACAGGAGAGUCCUGAAGGUCAGAAGUUAGAAGUGGAGGAAAAAGGUGACCCUGAAGAGGAUGAAGAGAAAGAAGAUGAAGCUAAAUGUGAGCUAGCACAGGAGGAGAAGGGCUCAGAUCCAACUUCAGGAGAUGCAGAGGGGACUUCUGGUCGCCCUAGUGCUCUACUAUUACAAAGUGAGGCUCUGCCUAGAAGCUGGCAGUCUUCUGCAGCUGUGAUGAAAGUUCUUCUAAGUUCUUCUCUGGGCCGAUGUAGGAGUAUGCCCGAGGUAUCUCCGGUUUAUGGACGCCGACUAAGCACGUCAGCCAGGGGUCUUUUGGACUGUUUGGCCCAGCUCCAGCUCAUUGAGCCUGCAUUGGGCCCUGGCUGUGAUGUACAGAAGGGCCGCAGCCAGCAGUAUGAGGAUAUCAUGGCCAUCCUUCAUUCCCUCUGGCUCACAGAGCCUGGGAACCUCGAAGCCAAGGAGGCAAAGGAGAACAACAACAGCAGACCAGAGCAGGUGACACCACCAAGGUCCUCAUCUGGGGUGGGUAUGAGCAGUGGCUCUGCAGGUUCAGGGAAGGAAAAUGGCAAUCAAGGAGGAGAUGAGACACCUCCAAAAGAGAGAGAAUCUCUACAUGCACACGAGGUAGCAGAGAACAUUGUAGAAGAGGAGGAAGAGGGAAAUGCAAUGGCAGGAGACACAGAAAUUGAGACAGAACACAAGGAAACAUUCACAGAUCAAGCUAAGGCAGACACAGCAGAGGAACCAGUGCAAAGUGAAGAAGCUCCUCAAAAAAGCGAAAGCUCAAAACCCUCAGAGUCAUCAGACAAGACCUCUGCCAAAGACGGUUCCAAAUCUCCCACCGAUAAUGAGCGCGAGACAUUGGAAGACUCUAGUACAGGCACACCCCCAACUGUUCUUCGAGCACCUUUGGCCAAAAGACCAUCCCAAGACCCUGACCCAGUGUGGGUACUUCACCUUCUGAAGAAGCUUGAAAAACAGUUUAUGGACCACUACAUUAAUGCAAUGGCAGAGUUCAAAGUUCGAUGGGAGCUGGAUGACAGUCUCAUCCUGGACACCAUGAUCUGCGAGCUGAGGGAUGAGGUGAGCCGACGCAUCCAGAGCAGUAUUGAACGUGAAAUGAGGAAGAUUCAGGGUCGAGCGGGGAGAGGUGGUAGGUCACCUCGGCCGCCACAAGGAACACAUCUCUCCAGAGAGUCCACCACAACAGAGAAGAGACGUCAGAUGUUGAAGAUUAUGAAGAAACAGUCAGUGAAGACCGGCGAUUCCCUCAGCGACGGAGAGAUGACGGGGGAGUUCAGCGACCAGCGAAGUGACGACGAAUACUGUCCAUGUGAAGCUUGUGUUCGCAAGAAAAUGGCUGCACGGCCUUUCAAAACGAACCCGCUAGCGGCUGAAGCACCGGUGAUGAAGGACUUUGACCUACUUAAGAUACUUCAGCUGAAGAAAAGCCCAGCCCCUGCAACCGUGCCACAGCCUGCGGCAGUGGAAGACGAAAGCCAGGCGGCUGUAGAUGACGAUGGGAGGAAUUUAGACGUAGUCCAGGAGGAAGAGGAAGACGAUGAAACCAAAGAGGACAUCAGAGCGGUUGUUGUUUUAGAGGAGACGAUUGCAGAGGAAGAUGAAGAGGCUGAAAAAGGAAACGAUGAUGGUAAAGCAAGGGAAGAAGAGGAGACAGGAGAUGAACAAGAGGGAAAUGAGGAAAGUAGUGCAAGCAAAGAGGAGCAGGAAGAAGAAGGAACAACUGGCGAAGAAGUGAGAGAAGAUGAGACAUCAGAAACUGGAGAGGAGGAUGAAGAACGUCAGUGUAAGUGUGCCAGAAACGAGGAAGAGAGUGAUCAAGAGGAGGAGGAAGAGGAGCAAACAGGAGAGGAUGAAGAAGAGACGGGAGAAGAUGAAACAGAGGAAAAUGAGGGAGACACAGGAAGUGGCGAAGAAGAGGAGACAAGUGACCAAGACACAGUAAAAGAGGCGUCAGUGGGCAAAGGCGAAACCCCAGAAAAUGAAGAGAGUGAUGAGAGAGUAGACGAUAAAGAAAAAACCACCGAUGGUGAAAGUGAGGAAGAGGAGGAUAGUGCAGCAGAAACUACAGAAAAUGAAAAGUCGACGUUGUCAAAGGAGGUUGCAGAGAGGGACAUCAGCACGUCAGCAGAGGGUGAAGAUGACGAGGAAGACGGCACAGGAGAGGGUGAAUCGAGUGAGGAACAGGAAGGGGAGGCAUCUGAAGAGGAAAGAACCUCGCCACAGGGGCAGGACGCGAUUCCAGCUGCCUGCAUGACCGAGGGAGAGGAGGCAGACGCAGAAGACUCGGACAUAGACAGCAAACGUUCAAGCGACACCACUGCCGACAAAUCGGGAUCAGAGGAGAAGGAAGAGAGUGGAGAAGACAAAGAUGAGGAGGAAGAUGCUGUUAAAGAGUUCAAGCCAGAGGAAGAGGAUAAGGCGAAUGGAAGCAAAAGAGAGGAUGGUGCUCUUCUGCAUCAGUUCACCAGAACCUCAGUGGAGUCCCAGCCGGGCUCGUUGGAGGACAUCGACACUGAGUCCCCACAAAAUCCUGUGGACUCCAUAGAAGUGCCCAAAACGGCUGACAGCACAUCCACAGGUGGUAGCAAGGGCCAGAGAAGGAGCCGGUCACCAGCCAGGGUCAAGCAACUCAAACCGAAAGAGGGUUAAGACGAACUGGACAGCUUUUAAUUCAUGGAUACACCUCAGGAUGCUUUCAAAGACUAUUGGCCAGGUGAAUCCCCAACUUAGUGACAUAGUUAUAAAAACAUCAUUUGCUCUUUCUGGGACUACACUGGAUCAACAUGGGCAUUUUUUAUAGGUUUAAAGACUCACUUAAAAACUUGAAGCACUUUAUUAAUCCAGAUCUUGUUUAGGAGGAACAAAACUGAUUUAUGCUACAAAAGCAAAAUGAAACUUGAAAUCAGUCUAUCGUACAUUAAUUGUGUUUAUAAUGGAUCUGUGUAUAUUUUUGAAGUUAACUGUAUGUAAGAAGGCAUAUGAGAAUAUAUUUUUGAAAAACUAACACUUGGUAUCUGUGGGUGAAUUAUCAGUUUUGUGCUCAGUGGACAGAUUUAUUGCUGUAUUGAAUGGAAUAGCCUUUUAUAUUUAUUACACGUUAGCUCAGCCGUGGCACUUUUAUUUACUGGGUUAUCGGUUCAGUUCUGUGAAUAUUUCUUGGAGCUGUAUCAUUGAGUCAGUGCUGGAUUCUCAGGGUUUUGGUCACCCAGCUUGCUUUGAUUUUUUAUCCUCAAAAACCUUCUAGAAGUAACCCUUGAAGAUCUUCUAUGAACUGUGGGUUUUUUGUCAUAUUUCAACCUGCUUAUAAAACAAAAUGAUUGGGUGUGCAUCAGAAGUUAGUGAGGGUGGUGUCUGCCGCUGCAGCUACGAAAAACCCCAAAACUAUUCACUCUACUGUUCUUCAAACCAUGUCUUCAUCAUAUAUAUAUAUAUAUAUAUAUGUAUAUAUAUAUAUAUAUAUUUAGUUGUCAAAAUUUGUCAUUAAGUGUACAAAGGAAGUCA